AUGGCAAUCACAAAAUUAGCGACUCUCGGGUUCAUUGUACUCUUGAGCAUUGGACUGUCCAAUGCUGGAAGGGUGGCUAGAUUCUCUAGUUCUCAAGGAGAGGGAUAUGGAGGGGGAGGCGGUGGGGGUGAAGUGAGUGGUGGUGGCUCAGGGUCGGGGAAUGGAGCUGGGUCUGGCCAGAGUUCAAGCAGUGGUGUGCAGUCAAGCGGUGGAGGUGGAGGUGGAGGGGGUGGUGGUAGUCAAUACGGUGGUACUGGAUCCGGUAGCGGGUCCGGUGCUGGCACAGGCUCUAGUGCAUAUAAUGAAGAUACAUAUUAUGGUGAUGUUGGUGGAUCUUCUAGUUCUGGUGGUGGCGGUGGUGGCAGUGGUGGAGGACAAGCAACUGGAGGUUCUUAUGGAUCUAGUGGCUAUGGAUCUGGUAGUGGUAGUGGAAUCGGCUCUGGCAGUGCAUCUAAUAACUACGAUUAUGAAAAUAGAAAUGCAAAUGCCUAUUCUAACGGUGGUGGCAGUGGCAAUGGGCAAGGCACAAAUGGCGGGAGCGGCAGCGGCAGCGGCUCUGGAUCUGGUUUUGGCAAUGCCAAACCGUAA